AUGCCUCCGCCAUUCCAGUUUCGCGGGAGUGGUCCUCCCAGAGGCCCUCGCAGUCAAUACUCCAAGCCUGAAUUCACAUUUCGUCCCCCGCCCCGUCCGACAUCAGAGCGCCCAUUGCUAAGAGGCAUGAGGGAGCCCACGCCCGAGCUGCUGUUCCCUGAAACAGGACCCAAGCCCGCUCCGAAGUUCGCAUCGAUCAACGACCUUAGCGACAGCGAAGAAGCCGAAAUGGAUCUCUCUGACGAUGGCGAGUCUGAUUCCGAGGCACGUCCACGGAAGAAGCGCGUUGUGGCUUUGGAUGGGAAUGUCGACGCCGCUCAGCCCAUCCUCGCAGCUAUUCCCGCACCCGCUCCUCCUCCGCCCAAGUGGUCCAACCCUGACCCCUACACUGCGCUUCCCCCGCCAGAUGACAGUCAGCACAAGCGCGUCGACUUUGUGAAAUUGAUUAGGAAAGCACGGCUGGCCGCCGUCCAGCCGAAGGCGAACGAUGCCGUGGUUGACAAUGUGGACUUUAUCUCGCUCGGCGCGAUCGGUGACGAUGCAGGCGCGCCCGUCAAGCAGGAGAAUCAACCGCCUAUGAAUGCACCCAAGGGACCGAAGGGGAUGGAAAUCAAGCAAUCGGCUGUCGCGUCUCGCAAGCGGACUCGAGAUGACCAGCCCAAGCCAUUGACUACAAAGACUGGAAAGCCAUUGAGACGGUUCAAGAUGGACGCAUCGAUUCUCGAUGAUUGGAUGCCUCUGAGAGACCAGGAUCCCACACCGUGGAUGGAUACAGUCACUCCGUUGGACACUACGACCAGACUCCACAACGAGGUACUUUCUUUCUACAAUUGGGUCAAGCCAUGUCAAUUCGAGCAGAUUGUCCGCCAGGAUAUCGUGGAUCGGCUCGAAAGAGCAUUCCAGAAGCGUUACUCGGGUAUUCAAAUCCAGCCGUUCGGAUCCUUUGCAUCCGGUUUGUAUCUUCCCACAGCCGAUAUCGAUCUCGUCCUCCUCUCUACGUCUUUUGUGAAGACCGGUAUCCGGGCAUUUGGAGAAAGAAAGGGUCAGAUUUAUGCGUUUGCUGGUUUCGUCAGGACUUCGGGCCUUGCUGUGGAUGGCACGGUGGAGGCCAUCGCAGGUGCGCGAGUGCCAAUUCUGAAAUGGGUCGAUAAGCUGACUGGCCUGCGCAUUGAUCUAUCCUUUGACAAUGACAGUGGUGUGCUUGCCAACAAAACUUUCCAAGAAUGGAAGCAACAGUACCCUGCGAUGCCUGUCGUCGUUUCGGUCAUUAAGCAGUUCCUGCUUCUUCGAGGGUUGAAUGAAGUUCCGACUGGUGGUCUCGGUGGGUUCUCCAUCACUUGUAUCGUGACAAGCCUUCUUCAGCACAUGCCAAGAAACCAGGAGCGCAAUAUUGGUAGUCUCUUGCUCGACUUCUUCCAUUUCUAUGGCAGGGCCUUUAAUUUUGAGAAAACUGGCAUUCGCAUGAAUCCUCCGGGGUACUACAACAAGGUCUUCGAGAACAGGGAUCGUCUGACGAUUGAGGAUCCGAACAAUUCCUCGAACGAUAUCUCCGGCGGUACCAAAGAGAUUGGCCUGAUCUUCAGAUCAUUCCGCCACGCAUAUUGGGCUCUUAGGGACCGAAUCGACUGGAUCAAUGAUCGCGGCAGCCGGAAUGCCAGUAUCCUGGAAGCCAUCAUUGCAGCCAAUUACGACGAGUACCUUGACCAACGGGACCAGCUUCGCCAUGUUUUCGACACGGCUCCCCAAUUCGCGCGGUAUCGACAGUCUCCACCACCGCCGCCACCUCUUCCUGUCGGCGAGUCCCCCCUCCGCCUCCUCCCACCGGACCUCGAAACAUGCGUCCCGGACCAGGCAUGCGAGCCUAAGCCUGACUCCUCGACUUGUUGCACCGCUGUGCCGUAG